AUGGAAGUUUUGUCACAACGUGAUGACGCGAAGGAUGAUACAAACCUCAGGUACUUGAGCCCGAUCACGCUGCUGCGAUCGCAUAAGAACUUGCAUAGAAAUUUUGCAUACAAAACGCCUCUGAACAGUGCUCUUCCAAUAACAAAGCCACAACGCCAGGCUCAGAAAUUUCACCUCUCCCAAAAACUCGCCUGCACCUCAUCCCAUUCUACUCACCAAGCACAACGGGUGGGAUACGCUGAGCGAACACUGGCUUCUCGUUCCUCUUACUAUACCCAAUUGGCAGCACUGCGUCGUCCUCGCAGAAACAUGUCCUCGUCUCUCCUCUUCCACGCCCCCAUUCUCUUACCCCGCACAUGCCGAAAACACAGGCUUCUCUACCGACCCCGACCCCGCGCCUGCGCGGCAACCACCACCACCUCCAGCUCACCAGCGCUGCACCUGUCCUCUCAAGAUGCGCGGCCCAUCGCCGCGCCCGUGAUCGCCGCCAUCCGCGACGUGUACACGCGCGCGAACGGGGCGUUGCACCGCGGCAGCUGCGCGCACACGCUGGGCCGGCACGCGUCGGAGCUGAUGGAGGAUUCGCGCACGCAAGUAGCGAGGUCGGUGAGCGCGAGGGACCGUAGGGAGGUUAUGUUUGCGUCGUCGGCGUAUGCGGCGACCAGCGUGCUCGCCCACUCGUUUGGAAGCACGCUAAAAAAGGGCGACCAGGUGUUGCUGUCGGCGAUGGAGAGCGAUCAUAUGGUAAUCCCGUGGCGUGUUGCGGCGAGGAAGUGGGGGUUCAAGCUCAAGGUGUUUCGCCCAGAUAUGACGGAGGGCGGGGAAUUCGCGUUUGGAGAGUUUGCAGGGAUGGUUUCGGGUAAGACGCGGCUGAUUGUCUUUCAGCACGCGUGUCCAGUCUUCGGUUCAUUUAACCCGUUGAAUGAGUUUAUGGAGUUUGCGACGGGGUGCGGGAUUCCUGUUGCCGUUGAUGCGACGCAUUCUCUACCCUGGGGAAAGGUGAAUGUCCAGCAACUGCGAUGUGAUUUCUUGCUUGUCGACUGCGGAGCGAUAGGCGCCCCGCGGGGUUCAACGUUUCUGUACGGGCGAAUGGAGAGGCUUCAGCGAUUGCCGCCAGUUUUUGGCGGGGAGGAUACGUUUGAGCAGUUUUACAUGGGCAAGCUCAAGGUCAAGUUAGCGAGAGAUGUUUCUAACUGGGCUUCAGUCCCUGAGCGAUUUGAGGUUGGCUUACCACCAUUGGCGGUCGGAACGGCUGUGGCAACGGCCUUGCGAGAACAUGAGCGGAACAUGGACAGCGACUUGAUAGCACGUGGAGAACAGCUCGGAGCGAAGCUAUAUUUGGAAUUGAGCUCGAACCCUCGGCUCAAGGUGUACGGAAAUGCCAUGACGCUAAGGAUCCCUUGCGCCACCUUUACUGUCGACGAUGCUGACGAAGCCGCCCUAGCUGAACAAUUGCGCAAGCAUAAUACCUUCAUUGAUGUCGGGUCGCAUGGCUCCCGAGUCGCCCACAAAGAGGAGCUGCAGGUAGAAUCUUCUUUGCGCGUUUGUUUGGACCCCCGGAUUCACACCCUCGAAGACGUCUCAAAAUUUUGUCAUGCAGUUGAAAUCGCAUUGAAGGAGCUCGAUGGCUAG